AUGAUGGCUGCUGCCGAAACGCUGGCUUCUGUCGCAUCCGCCGGUCCUUCGAGUCCAGCCAAGGAAAGAGCGUCCUCCAAGUCGCAAUCGAGGAAGUCAGAUGCUGCCGCAGCGGACUCGGAGCCCAAAAAGCGCACUCGUCCCGUUAGUGCAUGCGAAGCAUGCCGUGCCAAGAAGGUGCGUUGCUUGCUUUCUCCCGAUGCGCCUGUCUGCCAGAACUGUCUGGCUUCUGGCAAGCAGUGUCUCUUCAGAGUCGACGAUCUCGCUCCUGCACUUAGGGCAGCUCGUUUUGCCCAUUGCGGUCCCCCGAGCGCCAAUGCGAGAACCAUUGCAUCAAAAAAGGGCUCCAAUUCCACGCCUCGGAAGUCACACGACGAUGCCGACGAAUCAUCAAGGCCAAAACCACCCAAGCGAAAGAAGUCGGACGUCGAAAGCGAAGCAUCUGAUUCAAAGGACAACACUCAAGACGCUGCUUCUGUUUCCGCCUCGAAACCAAAAGCAAAAGCUGUCUUUCGCUCCUUUGCCAACCCCAACAAGUUGGCAGCACCUCUGCCUAUCCCAGCUACGCCGACCUAUAUUAAGAGGGCCUCCUCGCCACCUACCAUCAUGGCCUCACCGCCAUCAAAGGGCGCACCUGCUCACUUUUCCAGAAUGUCGUCUUCAUCCUCUUCGACAUCCAGACGUCGAUCAGAUUCCGCCUCGACACGCAACGAGUUCUUCGACAGAGAGUCUGGCAUCCCCGCCUCCUCGAAGCACAGAUUCAGCCAUCCAACAAUGGGAGACCAACAUGGCGCAUACCUAGAAGCGUUCGCGCAAUCUCACGACCCGUCACAUUACGGCCAUGCCGUGGACGUUGCGCCAGCCUCUGGGCCUGGCUCGGCAGGCGCAGCCUCCUUCUUCUUGCAGCAGCAGUCGCCCAGCGACAGCAGCGUGUUUUCCAAUAGAUCCGGCCGCUCUGCCACCAUGUACGCCGCACCAAGGCCAUUCAACCCACGUCCCACGGAUGACUUUCGCCCUCGACGCAAGUUGUCUGCCGCUAGCCCUCCGAAGGUGCUCAAUCAGCCGGUCGACCCCAUGUCCUUGGAAUACUACGGUCAUCCUUCCGAUCCGUCGUCUGUCCACAAGCACGAAGCGCCGCAUAGGCCCUCGUUUGACCACCGCGCUUCCAACAAUGUGACAGAAACCCAUCAUCGCGACGUUUCUGCAGAGCUUCGUGACGGCAUCGAAAAGUGGCAACGUGAUGGCGCUGCUAGAACGGACAACGCGCCCGAGGUCACGAUCCAGGCGCAGGAAGAGCCGAUGCCUCAAUCGCGCCCAAAGAUUGUCCUGCCCUUCUUCCGUUGGUUCGGCACGACCGCAAACACGCCUGGUUAUCGCAAGAUCAAAGUCGGCGUACUGCAGGAUUCAGAGGUGCCUGGCACGGACGAGCUGGCACCGGCCUUGGGAGCCGACGACGAUAAUCCCGAGAAUGCGGCGAGUUUCGGAUUCACCGUUCGCGACGAGGACCAACACCCUUCUCGAACGCCAGGCAACGCGCUGGACGAGUCUGUGCUUUCGCCGCAUCCUGCACAGCUGGCGAGUCCCAGCGCUCGACUGGAGAACAAGGCAUCUUCUUCGGUAACGCGCGAGCUCUUCGAGAUCAAUCGUCCUCGCUAUCCGAGGAAGGACAUCCUCGAGCACCUCGUGACGCUCUUUCUCACCCAUUUCAAGCCGUCGUGGUGUCCCUGGAUGGAAGCAGACGAGCUCAGGAACGGUGUAGCGAAUGGAUCCAUGCCCGCCAUCCUCGCCAAUGCCGUAUGUGCUGUUGCAGCUCGCUUUUCGAACCGACCCGAGCUGCGCAAAGCUCCGCGGAAGUCGUCGGGCGACCCGUUCAGCGAGAUGGCCAAGAUUCUCAUUAUCCCUCUGCUUUCCUUCCCUUCGAUUGAGGUGAUUGAGGCUCUCAUCCUCCUCAGCUACUCAGAGUUCGCAGCCGGCAGCGACUCUGGUCUGUGGAUGUACGUGGGUAUGGCGCUGAGGAUGGCACAGGAUCUUGGACUGCAGCACGAGGUCAGUAUCCAGAGCAUUUCCAACGAAAAGCACCAGGAAAAGGCUCGUCUGCUGUUUUGGGCCGUCAUCGGACUCGAUCGCAUCACCACCUUCGGAACCGGUCGUCCCGUCUCGAUCCGAGAGAGCGAGAUCGACAUCGAGCUGCCGAAGCUCAGCGAGAGCAGCGACAUGAAGGACGAGACCGUCGUGUUUGGGCACGUUGUUCGAAUCCUCAUGUUGCGCGGACGCAUGGGCGAGCUGCUUAAUCGUCGCGAACGCGAGGUUUCGUCCAUCUCGGCGGAGACGACCAAACGCGACCUCACGCGAAUGUGGUUCGAGCUGGCUCAGAGCUAUUCCGACCUUCCCGCCAACCUGCACUUCAACGUGCAGACGUUCCAGAAGAGCGCUGCUCACAAUCAGAGCCCAGGAUUCGUGUAUCUGCACGUGCUGUUCCAGUCGACCAUCGGCCUGCUGGAUCGACCGGCGCUCGUGAAGAAUUUCACGGGCGACUCGGUGCCUCUGCUGCCGUCGUUUGCACCGGCAGCGAGUGCGUCUGCUUCCCGCACGAUCGCGGACAUCUUGACGCUGGGCGACGCUUUCGACGAUCGAAGCAUCACCGCCUCGCCGUACUUGGAUCAGCUGGUCUUACCGGCGGGAAGAUCAUUCGUCGCGGAAAGGCAAGCGGCACGCGAGGCGUUGCGCAGCAUGGGUCACGGAACGACACCUGCGCCCUCACGACCUCCCUCACGAGGCGCAGCGUCGAACCACCAGCAGAGCCGCACCAGCCACCUCGUCUCGACCAAAUCGUACGCCGAGAUCAACCUGGGCGCGUGCCAACGCAUCCUGCAGAAGCUGCAGCAGUACUGGGCGGGAGCGUCGUGGCCGCUGCGUGCGUUGGAGCAGGAGGCGGCCGGCAACGGAGGCGAGAUCGACCCGCAGGCUUCGGACGAAGAUGCGCAGUCGGCACCCAUCCGCGACAUCGAGAUGGUGCUCAAGUGGGCCAAGUCGCGCAUCCGGAGCAAGAAGCGCUUGGCGAGGUCGUUGCAGGCUACGCCGAAGCCGGAGACCAUGACGCUGUCCGAGUCGAUGGAAGGCAUGAACGGGAUCAUGACGGGCGGUACCGGGUCGGACGAGUUUGCGUCUACGCACAGUGGGGAUUCGCCGUUUGGGUUGGGCAUCUCGGCGGGGUUGACGUUUGAUAUCGACGCGUUGAUGGGGAGCUGGCAGAUGGACGAGUUUGAUGCGCUGGGUGGGGUCGGUGCGGGUGUUGCGUCAGAGCAGGGUGGCGUGGCGGGGGAUCAGCAGGGGAACGGACACACGCCGUAUCCUGCCACUGGGUUUGCAGCCGGACAGAUGUACUCCCCUGGAGCGGCAAGACGCACCUCGCUCUCGACGCACCUACCUCCCCCUUCCCUGCUCCCCUCUCCGCACCGCCCCCACUCCAGAUCCACCUCCCUCCACGCCCCUCCCCACCACCUCCCCCCUAGCUCCCUCUCAGCACUCACAACCUACCACGCACCCACACCGGGCACGCUCGACACCAGCUCCCUGGCCAUCGCCGAGUUCUUCUCGCACGACCAGAGCGUCUGGCCCCUGUCGAUCCAGAACGACGACAUCGACCAGGAGGCGGUGAACCUGAUCGCCAGUGCGAUGCAGUUGCCCAGCUACGGUGCGGCGGCCGCGGCGGGCAUGGGCGGUGCAGGCGGCAUGAUGUGA